GCUAUUUAGUUGUGACGUCCAUAAAAAUUCAUAUAAUAUGCACUAAAUUCCCAAUUUUUAAUUUAGUUUAUCUAGCAUCUCCCUAUGUGCAAAUUUUGUUCAAAGAUGGGAGACAUGAGGUCAAUAACGUCAAUAUUUCUAAAAAUACUGUUGCUCGCUUGUUGUGACAAUGUUUCUGCUGGGAAGGAGGUUUUUCAUUCUCACGCAAAACGAAGUUUGAAGGGAUAUACUCGAUUUGGUUAUCAAAAUCCGAUUUUUGUAGCCCCAACUUUACCCCCAUCGCUUACAUACGAAAGAGAAAGCCAAGACAAAAUGCCAAAUUUAUCAAAAGAAGAGCCUGAGGAAUCAAGACCCACAAUGGUAUUUUAUGAAACUGAGAACAAGAAGGAAGGACUACAAUAUGAUGCUGCAUUUCCAGUAAACGGCGGCCGUGUGAGUAAAUUUUUUUACAACUGUACCACAGCUACAGGGCAAAUUGUUUGGAAUACUCGCCCAUGUCUUCCUGCGCCAAGAUGGUCCACAAGAUUAGACACCACGAUGACGAUUCCAAAAUGGUCUCGACAUAGACCAAAUAAUUAUCAGCCGUCUGAACCUAGGACGCAUGCAAAAUUUGGUCAUCUAAAUCCAAUUGCAGUUGCUCCUACAUUGGCUCCUUACUCACCAACGCCAACGCACCGUAAUCAUCAGGGAAAGACUAUCAGUACCACAGAAAUGACAACCAGCACCAGCCCGUGUGAACAAGAUGGUCUACUUGACCGUAAAACCAACCGGUGUUUCGCAUUGGGGUCUGUAGAACCCUGUGGAGGGGAGCAAAGGAAUAUGGCGUUUUAUAGCAGUCCUAAUACAUCUGACCCCAUUUAUGGCGAGUGUGACUGCAUGCAGAGAAGCAGUCGUCCACUUGUUUACCACAAAUCAAGUGACACGUGUUACUUUGUGUAUCAACAGGCGUACUGUAGAGAAACUCAUUGGCUAGUGAUAUCUGAUGACGAUGAUCAAGUUGUUCCUACUUGUCAGCCCAAUCCAUGUUGGGAUUAUGGUCAAUUGGUUUGGAACUGGACAAGAAAUUCCAACAUGACUUUUAUGAACAACGAAGGAAUCGUUCCCGUAUUUGAAGUGGAAAAGUGCGUCCCAUUGGGGCAGGUGUGUCAUCGCUAUUCCAAUGGAUCACUUUCAUUCCCAGAACCACCACCACAAGCAAAUAAUCCGCACAACAAUUUUCUUUAUAAAACGGUUCUAACAUUUUUACCUGGCUCCCUUCAGCCUUCCUGUAAUGACCGUAGGGCUUUAAUGCAAUCACUUCCAGUUUCCACAAAUUAUUGUCAACCUGGGAGUAAACGCCACAUUUUAGGUCGUUGCAACUUAACCAAGAAAGCAAAUAGAAGGAUAUUGACACAAAAGAUUGAACAGGUUGACACCAACACGAUUUUUAAUUCAAAUACUGGAGCAUUCGAACAAUUUCGAAGCUCUGGUAUAACAAUUGCUCUAUUAAUUAGUGACAUCCAUUACAAUUCAGUUUUAAUCGGAUUAAUUGUAUUCAUAUAUAUUUCGUAAAUAUUAUUUAUAAUGCAAAAUGAUGUAAAAUAAUAAAUUGCGCUGUAUAGCAAUGAAUAAAGAACGGUUAAUACACCUGCUGCUGUACCCA